AUGCUAAAUGGGAACAAUAACGGCGGGGAUGUGUCUAGAAAGAUCACGGGAUGCAACCCACCGAGCUACUUGGGCCAGGCGGACCCCGAAGUCCUUGAGAAUUGGAUCCGUACGUUUGACAAGACGUUCGAUGUAGUAGGCUAUCCGGUAGACCAGCGAGUGGAGGCCGAUGUGUACUAUUUUCAAGAAGAAGCUGAUCACUGGUGGGUGAUGGAGGGACCGACCAUUAAGGAAAGAGAAGGUUUUGAUUGGGAAAUGUUCAAGACAGUACUAAGAGAGAGGUUCUACCCAGAGCAUGUUAAAGCUGCAAAGUAUGGGGAGUUCUUGCACCUGGAGCAAGGAAGCUCGACAGUUCAGGAGUAUCACGCCCGAUUUGUGGCGUUGUCUUGUUUCGCUCCCACCAUAGCACUGAACGAGGCUAGUAAAGCCCGAAAGUUUGUCCGAGGACUGCACUACGAUGCACAAAGGUUGUUUGCUGCGACGAAGUUUGCCACUUUGAUCGAAGCUUAUGAUGCAGCUGGCAGUCACUCCAGGAUUCAACAACUACAGCGGGAUGCCAUACAUGGAAUGAAGAAGAAGAGCGAGGGAAAUGACUCACAGUCUAGCAAGGGGCAUAGGUUCAAUCUGGUAGCAAGAAAGGACAACCAAGGUGGAGAAAGAAAGAAUCCGAUAAUGGGACAGGGAGUUGGAGCUGGAGGACUAUCGAGUGUGAGGAGCAUGGUUUGCUUGAGGUGUGGCAAGGAUCACCCUCGGACUACUUGUGGAGGAAGACCCAUGACAUGUUUCAAUUGCGGUAAGCCCGGACAUAGAGCUGUCAUUUGUUGGCACCCCAAGAUGAAGAGACCCCAGGGUCCAACCCAAAGCCAGCUGUCUAGAGGUCAGCCCAGUUAG